AGCCAAAUAAAAUACGAACCCGACGUCUCAUGCGCCGAAACGUGGAAUCGGAACUCGUACACGAGACCGCUCUUUUGCUCUUUUGAUUUCUAGUUCAGAGCUUCUUUCUUGAUUGUUUCCUUUCAAUCAAAGCGUGAAUGUUCUCUUUUAUUUGAGGACAUUGCGGAUAGCUAUCGAUCGAGCUUCAACACAGCUUCCUCCCAAUUUCACCUCACCAUGGAUCGAAAUGACCAAGCCAACCAGAGCCGCGAAGGCUUGCUUCGCUCCUAUAAUAAAGGAGAGAGCAUACCACUUCGGAAAUCGCUCGAAGAUGCUUACCGUUCAGACAGCGAGUCGGACAUCGAUGCCACCGAAUUUCUCGCGAGAGAUGACCCCCUCAACAAGCAGACCACAGCUCCCGUAUCAGCUUAUGCACCCAGCAUGCAUCUUUCAAACCUACGACGAAACUUUGCUCGACGAUCGAAGUGUGUGUUGAUUAUCCUGGUUGUGAUGGUAAUCUUCUGGUCCUUACUUGCUGGUGGAGGGUUCUUCAUAUACAAGAAGAAGCCUGCAGAUGGUCAGAGUCCGCCAUGGUAUCCCACACCUCAAGGAGGAACAAUAACUCAGUGGAGUGAAAGCUACAAGAAAGCUGCUGCUUUGGUGGAGAAAAUGACUCUGCCUGAGAAGGUCAAUAUUACAACGGGCACAGGGUGGCAGAUGGGUCUCGCGGUUGGAAAUACUGGCCCCGCUAUCAAUGUCGGGUUUCCUGGACUGGCUCUUCAAGAUGGCCCUCUCGGUUUACGAUUUGCGGAUAACGCAACUGCCUUUCCUGCUGGUAUUACUGUUGGCGCCACAUGGAGCAAGGAACUAAUGUACAAGAGAGGGAAGGCACACGGAAAAGAGGCUCGUUUGAAGGGUAUCAACGUGCUCUUGGGACCUUGUGUUGGACCUCUGGGACGAAUGCCGGCUGGUGGACGCAAUUGGGAGGGUUUUGGUGCCGAUCCAGUACUGCAAGGAAUCGCAGCUGCACAAACGAUCAAGGGUAUCCAGGAAGAGGGCGUGAUGGCCACGAUCAAGCAUUUUAUCGGCAAUGAGCAGGAACAUUUCAGACAGAGUUGGGAAUGGGGUCUUCCAAACGCGAUGUCCUCUAACAUAGACGACCGAACGCUUCACGAAAUGUACGGAUGGCCCUUUCAAGACUCGAUCAAGGCAGGAGUUGCCAGUGUUAUGUGCAGCUACCAGAUGACCAACAAUUCAUACUCAUGCGGCAACUCGAAGCUCUUGAAUGGCCUUCUGAAGGAUGAAUGGGGUUUCCAAGGAUUCGUCCAGUCGGAUUGGUUGGCACAGCGAUCAGGAGUUGCAUCUGCUCUUGCUGGAUUGGACAUGAGUAUGCCUGGAGAUGGACUUCUUUGGGCUGGUGGCAAUUCCCUAUGGGGCGCUGAACUCAGCAAAGCCGUUCUGAAUGGGUCUAUCCCCAUGACCAGACUCAACGACAUGGUAACUCGAGUUGUUGCUUCAUGGUAUCAGCUGGGCCAAGAUGACAAGUCGAAGUUCGAUGGCGAAGGUCCAAACUUUUCCUCGUGGACCAAUGACGAGAUGGGCCUCAUCAAUUUUGGUAGCCCAGAUGAUCACGACCAGAAACUUGUGAAUAAAUUCAUCAACGUCCAAGGCGAGGGCGAUGAUGCACACUCCAUCAUUGCUCGCCAAGUUGCUACUGAAGGCACAGUCCUUGUUAAGAAUGAUGAUGGAUUUUUGCCUUUGAGUAAAGAUGGGUGGCCUGCCGACCAGCCUCAUGAAAUCACUUUUCGAGUGGGUAUCUUCGGCGAAGACUCCGGACCAGGCAAAGGUCCGAAUGCAUGCCCCGAUCGCGGCUGCAACCAGGGCACUCUGGGCUCAGGCUGGGGAUCCGGUGCCGUAGAGUUCCCAUACCUCAUCACACCAGCUGCUGCGUUGAAGGCAGCUUUCAACAAGAACAAGGUCUACGUCACGGAUUUCCCGACAAAUUCUCCUCCGUUCAAGCAAACCCCUGUCAUUCUCAAGGACCAGGACGUCUGUAUAGUAUUUGCCAACGCCGAUUCUGGCGAGGGAUACAUGGCAAGCAAAGACAUUCAUGGUGACCGAAAUGAUCUUGCCCUCCAAAACAGUGGCGACGAAUUAAUCUAUUCUGUCGCAGAUGGUUGUGGUCAAGGCCAGGGAAGCACUGUGGUUGUCAUCCACACUGUUGGACCUGUCACUGUCGAGAAAUGGAUCAAUCAUCCAAAAAUCAAGAGUGUCAUCAUUGCUAAUCUUCCUGGCCAAGAGAGUGGCAACGCCAUUGCAGAUAUUCUUCUGGGAGUUGUCAACCCAAGCGGCAAGCUCCCCUACACUAUUGGCAAAUCGCUGGAUGAUUAUGGACCAGGAGCCAAAAUUCUCUACUACCCCAAUGGAAUCGUUCCCCAACAAACUUUCUCGGAAGGCCUCUACAUCGACUACCGUCAUUUCGACAAGUAUGGCGUCGAGCCAAGAUUCGAAUUUGGGUUCGGACUCUCCUACACUAAAUUCGAAUAUUCGAAUCUCACAGUACAUAAACUUCUACCGAAGUCAGCGCUUCCUGCACCUCGACCAUCUGGCAUCGAACCACCAAGGUACGACGAUAAGAUUCCAGAUCCCAAGGAAGUACUCUUCCCUGCCGGUUUCAAGGCUUUGAAGAAGUUUGUCUACCCAUAUAUCUCGAAAGUUUCAGACGUGAAACAAGGUGAAUAUCCCUACCCUGUCGGCUACGAUGUCAAACAGGCACCUUCACAAGCAGGUGGCGAUGAGGGUGGUAAUCCAGAUCUUUGGAACGUGUACGCCAACGUGACAGUUGACGUCAAGAACACUGGCUCUGUUACAGGCAAAGAAGUCGUACAACUGUACCUCAACUUUGCAGAUGUCCAAGGCGCUGCCAGGGACCUGGAUUUCCCAAUAUCAGUGUUGAGAGGAUUUGAGAAAGUGGAGAUUCAGCCUGGAGAUACGCACACCGUUGCAUUCAAUCUAACCAGAAGAGAUCUAAGUUAUUGGGAUGUGGUACAACAGAAUUGGAUUAUGCCUACGGAAGGAACAAUUACGAUUAGAGUUGGCGCCAGUUCGAGGGACUUGAAAUUGACAGGGUGGUACUAGACCGAACUCUAAGGGAAUAUCUGCUAGAUAUGGCGUAAUUGAGGAUUG